UGUGUGUGUGUGUGUGUGUGUGUGUGCUCGCGUGCUUGAUGAUGUGUCGGCAGCUGGCGUGUUUCUCAGGCCACGCAUGCACCGAAAAAUAAAUCGUUGUUUUUUUUAAUGGGCUGGGUGUCUGAGGGUAUUUAUGUGCUUGCACGGACGCCCUGCACGCACACACACCCCGCCCCUGAAGACGCGCACAGCCACACUCGCCAUGGGUCUGCGGUCACCUUCCUGUCUGCUGCUGCUGCUGGUGCUCCUGGUGCCUGCCGCCCUCGCAGCCGCCGCCUGCACCAACACUGACCCCUGCACCGGCCAGCCAGACUGUGCCGGAUGUGGCCCAGGUACUUUAGUUCCGGACCCCGAGAACUGCCGCAGCUACUAUAUAUGUAUCGAUGAUGCCCGUCCCAGCUUAGCCUUCGACUGUCCCGACGGGCAGGUCUUCAACGCUGCCAGUCACGCGUGUGAGAAGGGAGAUGAGUGCGAAGAGUGCCCGGUAGUACCCCCGACAGGCAGCUGCAGCUACGAGUGCCCGGUCACUGGCUCUGGGCUAAUUUCCUCCAUCACUGACUGUCACUCUUACUAUGAAUGUAAAGAAGGAAAAGUCACAGGAUCUGGGACCUGCGAUGCAUCCAAGCCCUUCUUUAACGGUGAGGAGUGCCAGACUGACGUGAGGCUCUGCUGCCACUGCCACCCUUACUGCACAGAGGCUGACGCUCUGGGCACGGUCGUAGAAGACCCGCUGGACUGCCGGAGCUACUACUUAUGCAUAGACCCCUCUGCGGUGCCCACCACGCACGGCACAUGUCCCGACGGGGAACACUUCGACUACCUCCUCCAAGGGUGCUCCCCCGCGGCCGCGUGCGCCACACGGUUGUCGUGCCUCAACGUGGUGGGCGCCGACGGCUGCAUCGACCCCUUCACCUGUGUCUCCGUCGGCUACUUCGCCAGGUGCCCCAACCAGUGCACGGCUGACUACUACCACUGCACGGCGGCGACCGGCACCUACCAGGGCGUCGAGUCCUGCGCCGGGGGGACAGUCUUCCACCCCGACUACCACAACUGCGUUCCCCUUGCUAACUGCCCCUACUGAGAGAGAGAGAGAGAGAGAGAGAGAGAGAGAGAGAGAGAGAGAGAGAGAGAGAGAGAGAGAGAGAGAGAGCAGUGGUCGCCCUUACACAGUCGCUGUCCUCUCCGCCUCAGACAGAACUACCGCGACAUUGUCUCGCGGCUCAUGGCCGGGCGCUACAGGCUUUGUAAUGACCAUGCUGUGCUUGACGCUAAGGACCAGUACCUGGGCUGCCCCUACCAUUGUAUCCCUGUGCUCUGAGUCUGUCCGUAAAUCAUGAAUAAUCUGUACCAGGAAUUAAUCUCUCGGAAGGCUAAAACAACUGUCAGGCAGA